UCCACCUCUCCCGGUGAAUUGGCCUGUGCUCUCCUGCGGUAGGCUGAGCCCAAUCCCCACAGUUUCGCUGUCAGAUCUCCACCAACCAGAACGCUGCGAGCUCCCACGUUGCCAUGGACGCAGCCCUGACUGUGCAGGUAGCCCAACAGGUCUCUGUGCUGCAGCUCCUCCACCACCAUCAUGAUGGGCGGCUGCACUGAAACCACACCUAGCAGUGCAGCUCUAUGGGGAGUACCAAGAGCACCAAGGAGGCUCCGGCAGACGGGAGGCCACACGCCUGCUGACAGAGAGACAGAUCAAGAAACAUGGCAACCAUCCCCGCAGCCAUGGGAGGACACGGCAUGGACACGGCCGCCGUAGCCACGGUCAAAACGGAUACCACAGUCGCCAUCAGCAGGCCUAUCACAGCCGACAGAGGAACAGGCGUCAGUCCAACAUGGAGGCUGAGGCCGCUGAUGAGCAAGCUGAUGAACCCGACCUCACGUCGUCUAUGAAGCAGAAGCGCUCCUUCUCCAAGUGCAGAGACUGUAUAGCACGAGUCCAGAAAUUCCUUGUAACCAGGUUGGGAGAAGAUUGGAUCUUCCUUGUUCUGUUGGGCAUCACGAUGGCGCUGGUCAGCUGGACAAUGGACUACGCCAGUGCGAAGAGCCUUCAGGCCUAUAAAUGGAUCCAUGGGGAGCUGAAGGGGAACAUCCCUCUGCAGUUCCUGGCCUGGGUUUCAUAUCCCCUGAUGUUCAUCCUGUUCUCCUCACUCUUCUGUCACCUGGUUGCUCCUCAAGCUAUUGGUUCUGGUAUCCCAGAGUUGAAGACCAUCCUGAGAGGUGUGGUGCUAAAGGAAUAUUUAACUCUCAAGGCUUUUGUUGCUAAAGUCCUGGGUCUGACUCUUGCUCUGGGCAGUGGGAUGCCUGUAGGCAAAGAGGGCCCGUUUGUUCACAUUGCCAGUAUCUGUGCUGCAGUUCUCAGCAGGUUCAUGUCCUUCUUCUCAGGAGUUUAUCAGAAUCCAUACUGUUAUACAGACAUCCUGACAGUGGGCUGUGCUGUUGGGGUGGGCUGCUGCUUUGGUACUCCACUUGGAGGUGUGCUCUUCAGUAUAGAGGUAACCUCGACGUACUUUGCUGUGAGAAACUACUGGAGAGGAUACUUUGCUGCCACAUUUAGUGCCUUCAUUUUCAGAGUGUUCUCUGUGUUCAACAAAGAUGCAGUAACCAUCACUGCUCUGUUCAGGACAAACUUUCGCAUGGAUUUCCCUUUUGACCUGCAGGAGCUGCCAGCGUUUGCUAUCAUUGGGAUCUCCUGCGGGUUCCUCGGGGCGUUCUUCGUCUAUCUCAACAGACAGGUGGUUCUGUUCAUGAGACGACCCAACGCCAUGACCCGCUUCCUAACCAGACACCGGCUGAUCUUCCCUGCAGUGGUAACGCUGGUCAUCGCUACCUUGACCUUCCCACCAGGGUUUGGACAGUUCAUGGCAGGAGAGCUGAUGCCCAGGGAGUGCAUCAACUCUCUGUUUGACAACUUUACGUGGACAAAGAUUUCGGGGUCUCCUCUUCCAGUCGGUCUGGGUCGCUCCGCUGCCUGGCUGCACCCUGAUGUUAGUGUCUUCAUCAUCCUGCUGCUCUUCCUCGUCAUGAAGUUCUGGAUGUCUGCAGUUGCCACCACCAUGCCCAUUCCAUCCGGGGCCUUCAUGCCCGUCUUCAUACUGGGAGCUGCGUUCGGCAGGCUGGUCGGGGAGAUCAUGGCGACCUUGUUUCCACACGGGAUCGUGUUUGAUGGCAUCCUUUACCGCAUCAUCCCUGGAGGGUACGCAGUCAUUGGAGCGGCAGCUUUAACCGGGGCUGUGACUCACACAGUGUCCACAGCAGUUAUCUGCUUCGAGCUGACAGGCCAGAUCUCCCACAUCCUGCCUAUGAUGGUGGCAGUAAUCCUGGCCAACAUGGUGGCCCAGGGCCUGCAGCCCUCGCUGUACGACUCCAUUAUCCAAGUCAAGAAGCUGCCAUACCUGCCGGAGCUUGGCUUCGGACACAUGAGCCAGUACAACAUCUUUGUAGAAGACAUCAUGGUGAGAAAGGUCAAGUUUAUAUCAUCCCAGUCUACAUACAGAGAAGUCAAACUCCUGCUGGACUCCUCCUCACUCAAAUCAAUCCCGCUGGUCGACUCGAGAGAUUCUAUGAUCCUGUUGGGCAGCGUUGACAGGUUGGAGCUUCUGGCUCUCUGUGAUUGGUGGUUGUCACCGGAGAGAAGACUCCUGAUGCAGGGUCGGAGUCUACAAGAGCAGAACCAGUCUCAGAAACACAGCUGGGAAUCCUUCGCCUUCGUCGACGAGGAAGAUGAGGAGGAUGGAGAAAAGGGCAGCCCGGUGCAGGAGGAGAGGAACGGCCCGCUGCCUCCUCCAAAGCCUCCGGAGCCUUCUUCAAACCACACUGCUCCCGUUCCCGACAAAGGUCCUCUACAGUCCGUGAGGAAAACACUCAGGAGUCUCUUCACCUCUGAGAGCAGACAGACAGAGGGACAGUCACAGGAGCCCUGUCCUCCUCCCCUGUCAGACACCAUGACACCAGAGGAGAUCACCGCGUGGGAAGAGAAGGAGAUGGACAAGCCGAUGGAAAUCGAUGAGAUACGAGUGGACCCUUCCCCUUUCCAGCUGGUUGAGAGAACGUCGUUACACAAGACCCACACUCUGUUCUCACUGCUGGGGCUAAGUCACGCUUAUGUGACCAGUAUCGGCAAACUGGUCGGAGUGGUGGCGCUCAAAGAGCUCCAGAAGGCCAUCGAGGGCUCCACGCGCUCCGGCGUCCGGCUCCGCCCUCCGCUCGCCAGCUUCCGCGACAUCAGCAACCACAACUCUGUCCCUAAACCUCCACCUUCUUCUCCUACUUCUCCAUCCGCUCCGGCCUCCACCUCCCCUCCCACACCUCCGACUGCUUCCCCGCCUCCUUCCCCCUCUUCCCCUCACCACCACCACCACCACCACCAUCAUCAUCAUCUUCAUCAUCAUCAAAAUGAAACAGAGGUGUGGAUUGAGGGCGUGAAGUUGGAGGUGGAGGAGAGCACCAGCAGCAGUACAGGAAGCGGCGGUAGCAGCAGCAGCACGGCAGCCUCCACCUCAACCUGUAGUAGGAGUUGUAGCUACAACAGCAACCUCACCCUCCCUCCCUCCUCCACUCCUCCCCCAGUCCCGCCUUCCUCCACACCUCCACCUCUUCCUUCUCCUUCUCCUCCUCCUCUUUCCUCCUCCAUCCCUCUCUCCACCCUACAGGGACUCUUUCAGGGGGAUGAAGACAGCGACGAUGAGCCAAUGGUUUAGAUUAGACGAGAGUGAUGGUUAUGUUUUUUAUAAUGGAAAACUUUUUUUAAUAGUGUGAGUUUCUUUCUUUUUUUUUUUUUCUUGUGUUCUUAAUUUGUUGCUCCGGUCUUUCGACACUCAUUUACCUCUUUUUGUCACCACCACCCUCGGUGGAGCGAACGGCGUGUUUGCUUGAAGCUGCACCAAGCUAAGCAGUUUACCCCGUCGUUAUUCUGUGUGCUUAUUUCACAGACCUUGUAGUUGAUGGGGGUAUAAAAAAAAAAACUUUUUCAUUGCCCUGCUCACUUCGACCUGUGUCUUUCCUAAAAGGUUAACUCCAUUAUGUUUUAAACUGACUCCUAUUUUCCCAUGUUGUGUGUCGUAAGUGGACAACAAUUGAUGAAUUUGGUCCAGAAUUGAGCGAGAUCACUGCAGCAACAUAUCACAAAAAAUACAUCCAUGUAUGGCGCUUUUUCUUCAUAUUACCAAUUCAGCUCAGCUCAACUGGCACGUCAGCCCAGCGCAGCAGUGGUUUGUGUUUCUGUUACAGCAGGGUUACCUGCUUGAAGGUUUGUCUUUAACUGAUGAUGUCAAAUCCUCUCCCUCCCUCCCUCGUCUCCCGCCAGACAUCAGACAACAAUGCUGCUGUUGUGCUCAUGACGUAGAGCUGCUGCACCUGUGUAGAACCACACAAUGUAGACAACAGCCACACGUGUUGUUUCUGGAGUGGUCAUUGAUUUUCAGAUUCAGAAGAAGACAACACUACUGUAACUUGGUUAUACUUGUUUGGGGAGGAGGGAACAAGUCUGAGUUUAUUGGUAGCGGCCGUGAGAAGCAGGUAAUUGUCGGUAUUGGAUACAAAAAUUAAAAAUCCAUAUUGUGUACCCUAUUAUUUAGUUAGUUAAAGGCUAUUAUCAUGAGGCUGUGUCCAAAAGUGCCAGUUGAAAAGCGAACAAAAAGGCUUGUCUCUGUAGCAAUCAUUUCAAAAAUGUCAAGAAGAUCCUUUUUGUCCAACCAGAAACAAACACACCCCAAAGCCACUGAACUUCAUUUGCAGAAACAGUAAUUUUAUCUUUUUUCCACAGUCUCCUGUCAAAGUUCUUGUCAAAUUAUUCUGGCUUUCCCUCCACCCUUGCUCUUGAACUUAUCCUCAUAUAUUCACGUAUAACAUUUAAAGUUUACACCAGAGUUGGUGAUUGUUUUCUGUUUUGUCUCGCCCGAUACUGUACCAGUAUCAGACAUUGUUGUCCUGUUGGUCAUGUAGACACAGUAACAUGGGAGAAUACGGUCCAGUUUGAAAAAUACUGGAGUUGCCCUCGAAUAAGCUCCGUACAUGUUUGUGUUUUUGAUACUUGUCCUGCAAUGCUUCCUCCUCACUUCCUCUUUCUCUUCAGUCAAACUAAUUGAGGCAGUUUGUUGAACCCUAGACUGAAGUUUCCCUCAGGAUCACGUUCCUGUUAAAAGGGUCAAAGCACCAUUUAAAAAUAUAAUUUGUCAUUGAUAGUUACAUGUUUGAAAUCAUGAAAAAUGUCAAAAAUACAGCUAUUAUUUGCAUUUCCCCAUUUAAUUCAGAUUCAUUAGACGCGUCUCUGUGUCUCGGUGCUUUAAAGCCCCACAUAUGUUCCAUAUUUGUGUAUUUUGGUGUUAAAGAGUGAUCCGAACCUGCGCUGCCCGAACCAGAUAUGAACCCACUGAACCUCUGCACAGUAGUCCUGUGUCACCUCAACGUUUAUGUGUCUUUAAAAGAACGUUUCUAUCAGAUGAGAGCAGGAGCUAUUGAUUUUUUUUAACUGCCAACAGACCAUCUGGAUAGCAGGAGACUAAUGGAGCUGCUCAGUCCACUGUGGAAGAUCGGCUAAAGCCCCAAAACGACCUCCAAAUUGUGUGCUGACCUUGUGGAUGCAGCCUCAGAGCUCAUCUCAUCACGCUUAAGUUGAUAGAUGGUGCAGCUAAAGGCAGCUGACGACAGCCGAAACCCCGCUGCACGGGUCCUGGAGAUUGUUUUUCCUUUUUUAGUUCCCUAACGACGCUUCCUUCCUGAUCACACAUGACUACUUUGAAUUGUUUUGUAUCUUACGAUGCAGAAAAAUGCCAACAAUCAUAAAACAACCAGAGCUUUUUGUUGACAUUCGUGACAGUGAGUGACGGCUGACGUUUUGUCACGUAACAUCUAUAUGCUAAACGAAGACGAAGAUGUAUGUUGACAGACGGCUGUGAAUGUAUUAAUUAGCCUAAUGAAUGACCUCAUUAGAAAAAACUGUUUUAAUACAGACCUGUCAGGAUGAUUAUUGCGGGAUUUGAAGUUGCUCCUGUGUGACGUCUCUCUCAGAGUUUUUACUCUAGUUCCUAAAAUGUAACCACGAACAUACAGGUGCUAUUUGAACAUUAGUGCACAAAUGAAAAGUGACAUAACUUCCGUUUUCUGUCUUUAUAUUACUUAUAUAUACAUUACAUGAAGUAAAAUAUCAGAAAACUAUUGUUCGUCUUGAAAUUAGUACGAGCAAAGAGACUCGAAGUGGUUCAAGAACAGCUGGAAAAUUGAAAGAAUUCACUAAAAGAGGCAAAAAAAAAAAACUGUCUGCAGGUUCAAGUUCAAGACUUUCCAGUGACACAUGAUUAAAUAUUUGUGUUAAAUCUAUCACAUAGUGGAACUUUAAACCUUUAAUUAUCACCUAACGACCCUUUAGCCUGCUAUCUUCAUGAUCAGAUGAGAAGUGCCUCGUCUUAUUAAACUCCUUCAUGGCCACCGACUCUGUACAUGAAGAGGAAAACGUAUCUAAUCUGAGGAGCUGCUCGGCGAUCGCCUUAAUAGUCGCAUUAAUGUGUUGUUGACCUUUUUCUCCUUUGUGAUGCACCCGCGCUUAUCAUCUAUCACUCCAUCUCUUAUUACACUCUUAUCUCCUGGAUUCAGUCUCUCAGGUGCUGCCUUGAAAGUCUUUAAACCUGCAGAUUUAACAGAAAAUCCUUUUACGUCUGUGUGUGAAUUUAAAUGAUGUGUGUCUGUUUUCUUAAAGCGGGGGGCUCUGACCUGGUCGAAAAGUGCUAAAUCUCAUUUUGUCCGUCUGUGGUUGUGGUUAAUGUUUUUAUUUAUUUAUCUCUUAGUAGAGUCAAAAUGUUAUCUCGAAGAUGUAUAAAACUGUGAAGGAUGUAGCGAAAUAAAGUUUUAUUAAGUGCUUUAA